CCGUGACACUGGCACCAACGCUUCGCUAGCUUCUAUUCCUCCAGCUACCGUUGCGGACCCUGCGAUCGAGCUUUCGAGAGCGACAGUGCUAUGCGACGCCACAAACGAGACGCACCCGCGCAUUCGUUCGACUGUACGACAUGCGACCGCCAUUUCGGCAACGUCAAGGCUCUACAGCAGCACCUACGAGACUCACCCGUGCAUGCCUCAUCGUUUGAUUGUGACGACUGCGAUCGAUCAUUUGAUAGCGAGCAGGCUUUAAAGCAGCACCUAAGGGAUUCGCCUGCGCAUGCGACGUCCUUCGACUGUGAUACCUGCGAUCGCUCUUUCGGCAGCGAUGAGGCCUUGCGGCAGCAUCUGAGGGACUCCCGGGGUCACCAACAGGUUCCGGAAACCCCUUUGGAUCUAUUCUUCCGCUCCUUUCGGACCUUUGAGUAUGAACCAUCUCUACCGCCAGCUACGUCCUACGCUUGUUUGCGAAAACACGAGGGUUGGCAGCGUGGCGAGGCUGCGUCAGACGAUGCCUGGAACAGGUACCAGGAUGCAUUGGAGAAGGAACUGCGCAUGUGGUACGGUUCAGAGAACGAUUUGGCUGCGUGGCAUUCCCUUUGCCGUGCAAUUGGUGUCGAGCCGCUUCCGCAAACGUGUGAGCGAUGCGAGGAAGCGGCACGAAGGACGCACGUCAAUAUUGUUGAUUUGAUUGAAUGGGGACGAAGGCGUGAAAACACUGAGGACAGAGUUCAGACCUUUCGCAAUGUGGCCGAGCUGCGAGACUACACCAAGGCGACCGGUAAGAUAUUUCGCAACACGUUCGCUCAAGAAGACGGCAAUGUUGUCCUGAGACAUUUACUGCGCAAGAUCUUUCGCGGCAGCUUGUGAAAGAGUGAAGUGCGCGUUUGCACCGCAUCGUCUCCACUACCCCUUCUGCCUGCGGAGUUUAGCAUAUCGCGUCUUUUUUGCUGGUACCUACGUACUGUAUAUGUAUUAUGCUCGCAUCUUCUUUAUGACGAGGUCGAGCGAAUUGACCCCUGUGGUGUGAAGCCCGUGGGCUGUUGCGGAGACUGGAAGCUCUGCUGACCGCGCGUCGUCUCCACGACCAUAGCCCUCAGCAAGCCAACAAU